AUGGCUGCUACCACUACCAAGACUGCGACACCGAAGCCGGCCAGCACCGCGGGUGUCAAGAAGGCUGGUCCUAAAGGCGGUCGCAUCGCCAAGAAGGGCAACGCGAGAAACGCGAUGAUCAAGAUGCAAGCAUACUUCAAGGCCCACCGCGAUGAGUACAAGGAUCUCUCUUUCAAGGAGCAACAGCAAGAGCUUGGCAAGAAGUGGAAGGCUUCACCAGAGAACCCCAAGAACAACGUCUAA